AUGGCCGAAACCCGAAAAGAAGAAUGGAGCGAGCCGGAGGUACCGGGCGGCCGGUCUGAAGUCGUUGCUGGGAUCAAGCGACGGCGGGAGAAGCUCGAGCUUUACCAAUCGGCUUCGCACAAAAUGAAGGCACUGAUGAUGAACAGCGCAGGUAUCCGUAGCGGUUUGGGCGCAAACAACGAGUUGCCAGUGAAUCCAAUUUGGAUGAAAUUUCCAACCAGGUGUGUGAAGCCAAUUCAUUCGGUAGAGGAGAUGCGGGAGAAGUUGCACUACUUUUCUCACUCGGAUGACGUUAUGGUUGUGCGGUAUCAUCAGGAGAACUGCACAGCGUGUAAUGCACUCGACAAAACGUUUGAAUUUCUUUGCCACCAGAGCGCUGACCGCUAUCCGAAUCUUAAGUUCUACGAAGUGAGUAAGGAUGCCACACCCCAACUUACCAGGAAUCUUGUCCGCUACCCUCAGGUUAAAGGCUUUAGUGGGGGUCAUUGGACGGAUUUGGAAUUUAAGCCUCCCGCCGAGUUCCGGGAGGAGUUGUACUCCGGUGUUGAGCGGGAGGUCACGCGUCGCAAGCGGGAGGGGCAACCUGUUACGGCUCUGGAGGCAGAAGAGAUGUAUUAUUCUUCCGCCGGUCCCGCGAUGGCUCAGGUGUUGGAGGAGUCAGUUGUGAAGUUUUACUGCAAAGCGCAAGCACGACUGCACAACUACUGGAAGCAAGUGUCCGUUCGCCGUGCCUGGUUUUUCCGGAAGUUCGUGGAACCAAAGGUUGAUGACCAGGUGCGAGACGAGUGGCGCCUAAAAUCUGUGUUUGGAGAGAAACUGUCAUAUGGUCCUGAGCCACAAAUGGAAGAAUUCUAG